AUGUCGUUCAUGCAACCCGUCAUGCCUUUCUUACGCCCUCUGGCUCUCCCACGUUCCGUCGCCGUGCGCCAAUGUCUGCGCUUCUCGACUUCCACAAUCCGAUCUGAAGUCUACACGCCCCCUUCCGUGGAUCGCAAUCUUGUCGCCUCGCGCACUGCCUCUCCCUCAUAUCCUCCCACCUCGCUCAAAUCCAUCCCGCGACCUCUCACAUCACACGCCUCACACCGCACCUCGCAACCAACAAAGAUCCGCAACUACCCCGACCGCGCACCCCAAAACGACGCUCCUGUCUCCGAGUCGCCUGCCCUCCCAGAGUCAGAAAUCGCACCAAAUCUCCCCUACUUCGUCACCAGGACACCCUCCAACGAACUGCCCAUCUACACCUUGAGAAAGCGCGGCGGCAACAUGCGAUUGACCCGCGUCAAGAAGAUUGACGGCAACAUUGAUGUCUUGCGCGAUGCUCUGCAGGCGGAGUUGAAUGUGCCCGAUGCCGAGUGUGUCAUCAACAGACUUACAAACCAUGUCAUGAUCAAGGGAUGGCACAAGCCGCGGAUAGAGGCUUACCUCAAGGCUCGCAACUUCUAA